GUAUGCGGAAGUGCCGCCAAAACCGCCUUCGUCAUUAAUUUUGAAAACAUGUAGCGACAGAAGUGUCAACUGCGAAAUUUAUUUCGUACUUACAUAUUUCGUUUCUUUUUGUUUUUGUUCGCAUCAAAAGGGUAACAGAAAGCCCCACUGAACUGCAAGUAUUAAUAUUUAUAGAGCUUGAUAAGUUAACACGAUCCAACUCGUUGUCAGAACAGUGGCAGAAAAAACCGAUUCAGGAUGGAGAAUGGAGUUGGAUCUACUAAAGAGAAUAACCUCCUGUCCAGAAUGGCGCUCAAUGACAACAAGGCUGGGAUGGAGGGACUUGACAGGGACAAGAUCAACAGGAUCAUUAUGGAGGCGUCAAAGGGAUCCAGAUUUUAUGAAAACGAGAUGAAGAAAGAGCAGCAGGUGAACCAGCGAAUUGAGAAAAUGAUGCACCAAAAGGCUCAGAUCACAGAGCAACUCCUACAGAAAGCACAAGCACAGGUGGAAAAGAUGGCCUCUGAGCUUGAGAAAGGUCGUGAUCUGAGCAGAGUAAUUGUGCAUGUGGACAUGGAUGCCUUCUACGCGGCUGUAGAGAUGAGAGACUGCCCCGAGCUGAAGGACAAACCCAUGGCUGUAGGAUCUAUGAGCAUGCUGUCAACAUCAAAUUAUCAUGCCAGGAAAUAUGGAGUCCGAGCAGCCAUGCCUGGCUUCAUUGCAAAGAAACUCUGCCCCAGCCUGGUCAUCGUUCCUCUUAACUUUGACAAAUACAAAGCUGUGAGUGAGGAGAUUAGGGAGAUUUUUGCUGAAUACGAUCCUAACUUUCAGCCAAUGAGCCUGGAUGAAGCCUACUUAGAUUUUACAGAUCACCUGGAGCAGAGACAGAGUUGUCCAGAGUCCUCACUUACGCACCGCUACAGAUCCAGGAGCAACACGCCAGCUGACAUGCAGAUCGAGUCUGAUCAGACAGACGAAGGGACAGACCUCUCCCCAGUCCUGUUUGAGGACAGUCCGGUCUUCUCCGAAGGGGAUGCCGGUGGUCCCUUCGAACAGUUCGGGACAUCUGUUGAGGAGGCCGUGAGAGAAAUGCGCUUCCGCAUUGAGCAGAAGACUACGUUGACUGCCAGCGCAGGAAUUGCUCCAAACAUGAUGCUUGCCAAGGUGUGCAGCGACAAGAACAAGCCGAACGGGCAGUACAGACUGCCCCCCACCAGAGAGGCCGUCAUGGACUUCAUCCAGAAACUUCCUGUUCGAAAAGUUUGUGGCAUUGGGAAGGUGAGUGAGAAAAUGCUGAAUGCGCUGGGCAUCACCACCUGUUCAGAUCUCAGCAGGCAGAUGGCGCUGUUGUCCUUGUUGUUCUCCGAGACGUCUUGGCAUCACUUCAUCCAGAUUUCUCUGGGUUUGAGCUCCACACAUAUACCCAGACAUGAAGAAAGAAAAAGCAUGAGCACUGAAAGGACAUUUAAAGAACUGAGUAAACCUGAGGAGCAGUUUUCUUUAUGCAGAGAGCUGUGUGAUGAUCUGGCAGAAGACUUAAAGAAAGAAGCCCUGAAGGGUAAGACGGUGACUCUGAAGAUCAAGAACGUGAACUUUGAGGUGAAAACCAGAGCACAGACGCUCCCGUACGCCGUGGCCACAGUGGAGGACAUCUUUGCUGUCGCUAAAGACUUACUGAAAAUGGAAAUAGAAAAUGAAAGCCCCCAGCCGCUCCGACUGAGACUCAUGGGUGUUCGAAUAUCUGCCUUCGUUAGCUCAGAUGAGAAAACACCGAUGCAGAAAAGCAUCAUUAGCUUUCUCCAACCGGGCAAGACAGACCGCAGUCGCUCUUCCCCAAUAAUGCAUCAAAAGCCGGAAGUUGGGAACUUGUGCAAUCACUCAGUCCAAACCUCACAGCUUGCAGAUGAUCCCCCAAUACAGGAUGGCCAGAAACAAAACAAGGUUUUUUGGAGGAGUAAGCAGAGGCCCACUGGUGAGGAACCACAGCAGUCGUUCUUUGAAAGAGCUCAUGCCAAAAGACUAGAACUCCAGGCUGCAAAGCCAAGUCCACCAGAUGAAGGAUGUGAGGGAUAUGUUCCCGUGGUUACCUCUAACAAUGGUACAGAGUCAUUGAAACAAGCAAACACAGACGACUGCACUGUUCAGGAUCUUUGUGAGAAUGAAUUGGCUUCACCCGUGCAACCUCAUGCAUCCACGUCAGGCUGUGGGACUCUCACAGAAACCUUCACAUGUCCCGUGUGCUUCACAAAAGUGAAGACAACCGAUCUGAAUGUCUUCAACAGGCAUAUAGACUCGUGCCUCAGUGAAGCUGCGAGGAGAGAAGACGAAGCCUCAGGCUCCGAGUCAGACCUGGAUCCAGAAAACGACCAUCGAAAAUCUGUAGUUGUGACCCAACAGGAGAAGCCGUGUGACCUUAAAAACGAGGCGUCGGCAAGCAGUGGAGAGUUGGACUUAUGCAGAGUAUUACCUCAAGAAGGCCAACAAACUUUAAAGAACAAUUUGGUUUCACUGAUUAAAGUUGACAAGAAGCCUGUGGCGUUACAGCAGCAGUCAUCCCUCAGUAGAAGUCCUCUCCUGACUUGCCCCGUAUGUCAGCAGACCCAAGACACGGACGACCUCGCCAUCUUCAACCACCAUGUUGAUCUCUGUCUCAACCAGGAGGUCCUACAUGAACUCGGAGGACAGACGGCCUUUACUGGAAAACCAUCUGCUGUUAAAAAUAGCUUCAACAUGGACAGUGGACAUCCCCUGCCAAGACAAGCAAGUAAAGGCAAAAGCAAAAGACGAGACACGCCGUCCUCUCCUCCAUCUAAAAAAGCCAAAACCCUUGGACUUUGCAACACCAUCGACAAGUUCUUCAGGUGACAGUAGCCGUGAGGAAAAUAUCAGUACUGCAGUCAAGAGACACCUGGCUCUUCCAGUCUGAGGGUUUUAUGUUGACUAGUUUUAUUCAUGCCAGGGCCUGA